AUGGCGACGGAGGUGGAAGUACCUCUUGAUAAAGGUGACGAAAUAUUUUACUUAUGUCACCCUAAACCCCACAGUCUUGAAGGUAUUCAAUUUUUGAAGGCUCCAAAAGACAAAAAAAAAAAUAUUUCUGAUGCUGAACAGAAUAACAAGGCAGAAUCUUGUGUUAACUCAAAGCUCAACAAUGCAACUGAUCGGCUUCCCAAAUCUAGAGGCCGAAAACGACUGAUGGACCACAGUAAUAGCUAUAACGCUAUUAUGAUUUCUCAUUUAAACUUUGUUCAGAGAGAAAACCAGAAAAAAAAGCUUAACAGCAUUUUGCUCAAACUAUUGGAUAAACUGCCGAACAAAUCAGAGCCUUUAGAUGCAUCCAAUAUUUUAGAGCACAAUAGAAGGAAUCGCAAAAGACCGGGUACAUUAAAUCCAUGAUAUUGGGUGAG